UGGUUUCCUGGUACUGGCAGCGGUAUAUCCAUCCUCCCACAGUUUCCGUGCCUCAUCUUCUCAAACCGAAACACUACUUCGUUCUGGACACAACAGUGAGAGAAAGUGAGAGAGAGAAUGGCGAAGUCCGAUCCACAGCCCCGGGGCUUCGAGCACCUGCCGGUGGCGCUGUUAGCGACGAUAAUGACGAAACUGGAUGUGCCUUCGAUAUGCUCACUCGCAUGCACUUGCAGGACCUUCAAGGCCUGCGCUUCUCAAUUGCUCUCUUUCCUCCCUUCCUUCCACCUCCUCGACAUUUCGCCAUCAAUCGGUUUGUUGAGGCCUUUGUUGCCUCCAAACCCUUGCCUUCGAACUCUCAAGCUUAAUUGCUCUCGCCUGGAUGAUUCAGCCAUCGAUUUUUUCAUCCGGCCUUCUCUUCACGAGAUUUCUCUCCUCAAUUGCGCCGAUUUGGGCGGCCGCCUUCUCUUCGAGAUCGGAGCACGCUGCAAACAUCUCAGGUCUCUAUACUUGAGUUCCUUGGCGGAGAAAAGGGGGCGGUCGAUUCAUGUUUCUGAUCUUGAGGAGCUGUUAAGUGGUUGCUCUGACUUAGAAUCAUUGGUCCUGAUGCUUGACAUGUCUAUACUUAUUCGGCAUAAUUUUGCGCGUGUUUGGGCUUCAGCUUCUGCAAAACUCAGUUCUCUUGAGAUUGGGUUUAUAUCUUCUGUAAUGGUGACCGAAAUGUUAAGCCCAACUGUUGGACCCCAUCAGUCAUCAAAUCAUAUGAAGGCAUCCGUGUUGCCUGGACUGGGGAAAUUGUGCCUUUCAGUAGAUUAUAUUACUGAUACUAUGGUCAGUACAAUAUCUAAAAAUCUUAACUGUUUAACCCAUUUGGAUCUUCGAGAUGCACCAAUAAUUGAACCUACAGUUGCAUUUGAUCUCACUAAUGUUGGCAUUCAGCAUAUCAAUCCCCAUGGGAAGUUAAAACAUCUUUCCCUUGUCCGGAGCCAGGAGUUUGUUAUCAGCUUCUUUAGGCGAGUUAAUGAUCUUGGGAUACUCAUGUUGGCUGACAGAUCCUCAAGCAUGGAAAGUAUACGUCUUGGUGGCUUCUGUCGAGUUACGGAUACUGGUUUUAGGACCAUCCUACAUUCUUGCACAAAGUUAUACAAGUUUAAGGUUUCCUUUGGGAAUCAACUAACUGAUUUGGUAUUUCAUGAUAUCUCAGCUACUUCACUCAGUCUAAUGGAUGUUAGCUUACGAUGGUGCGGUCUCCUGACAAAUUAUGCAACUGUGCUCUUAGCAUCCAACAUGGAUCUUAGUAUCCUUGAUUUGAGGGACUGCAGGAGCCUUGGGGAUGAUUCAGUUAGAGCCAUCAGCACUCUUCCCAAGUUGAAGACCUUACUAUUAGAUGGUACUGAUACAAGUGAUGUGGGAUUGUCAUAUCUGAGAGAGAGGGUGAGAAGUUCAUUAAUUUCUUUGUCUGUUAGAGGUUGCAAGAGACUUACAGACAGGUUCAUCUCUCUCUUGUUUAAUGGCUCUUCUAAGCCAGUGCUGCGACAACUGGACCUAUCAAAUGUUCCCAACCUUUCUGAUGACGGUGUGCUUUUACUUGCAAAAAGUCGUGUUCCUUUUACUGAGCUCCGGAUGAGACAAUGUCCACUGAUAGGUGAUACUUCAGUUAUGGCUUUAGCUUCAAUGCAGGUUGGUGAGGAUUGGUGCCAUGGAAAUAGCUUAAGGUUGUUGGAUCUUUAUAACUGUGGUGGGAUUACACAGCUUUCAUUCCGGUGGCUGAAGAAGCCGUACUUUCCAAGGUUGAGAUGGCUAGGAGUGGCAGGGAAUGACAGAGACGUGGUAGAUGCUUUGGCAAGAAGUAGACCAUUCUUAAAUGUAUCAUGGCGCGGUGAGGAGUUGGGUACUAGCCAAUGGGAUACAUCUGAUAUAACAUUCCUGCUUGACUAUGAAGAAAUUGAUGAACUUGAGCAGUGGCUUCUUGAAGGCGAUUACACAAGCAAUGAUGAGGAGAUGGAGGAGGAGGCCGCGGUAGAAGAAGAAGACGAUGACGAAGAAGAAGAAGAAGAAGAAGAUGAUGCUGAUGCUGAUGCUGAGUAAGGUUGGUGAGCUUGCAUGAUUCCAAAUUUUACAUUAAUCUGUUAAUUUUAUGCUUUUAAUCUGUGUAUAUAAUUGUAGUAUAGCUUAAAACUGUUGUGCUUGUGUUUUAAGACUAAACAUCUGAGAAGAUCAAUGUUUUGACUGUAAUUUUUUUUUUUUUUUUGGGUUGUAAAUGACUGUAAUUUUAAGCUGUGUGGUUUGUAUCAAGUGCCCAUUGCGUCUAGCGUAGCAAAUUAAUCUUACUGGAACCCCCCCAAAUCCUAUC